UUGUACGUCCCGUGGAUUCCGAGCACGUGCGGGCGCUCCGACCAGUGGUGCUUUCUCUGAAUCUCCCUCCAUACAUGGUCGUAGUGCUGCAGUUGAAUCCUCAGCCCCCUGGAAAUCUAGCCAAUUCCGUGGAGGCAUUGUAGAAAUUAAUAAAAAGAGAAACGGUGUUACGAUGGACACUACAAGAAAAUGGGGAUACAGAGGUGUCUUGGUGGCUAUUUUAGAAAGCGACCCUAAACUACUUGAAGGAUUACAUGUUACCUCAUAUGAGAAACCAAAAAUUCUUGAUAUCCUUGAUUGCACUGGAAGUGGAGAUUUUGAUACCUCAAAGGUGGUGAAGGUUGAUGCUGAUGGUUGUAUUUCUGGGGCAUCAGUAUUAAUAUGCGAAUUUCUUCGGGAACAGUUACAAGAACACAGGAAAAGGUUCCUUGAAGCUUCAGUUGAUUGAUCAGAGAUCUGACUUCUCAUUUGCUCUUUUCACGAGUGGCCUAACAAAUCCAAAGCUCGUUGUAGUGUCAAAUAAAGUAUCACUCAUCAAACCAAAUGCUCCAGUAUAUCCUCGAUUGGCACAAGGGAAAACAUGGGGUGAAGUAAGUUUAAGCAAAUAAAGUAUCAUUCAUCAAACCAAAUUCUCCAGUAUAUCCUCGAUUGGCACAAGGGAAAAUAUGGGGUGAAGUAAGUUUAAGCUCCCUUUAAAUUGUAAUUUGAAAUUGCAUUUUUUUAUCUGUUAUCCGCGC